AUGCUCAUCGGACAUGGCUGCUACGGUAAGUACCUGCACACGGUGGCCAGGCGGGAGGAGGAUCCCGGUUGCAAAGAGUGCGGUGCUUGCGACCAAGACACGGCGCAGCACGUUUUGGAGUCCUGUCCUGCGUUUGCGGAAGAGCGUCGUGCCUUGGUCGCGGUAAUAGGAGAUAACCUCUCGCUGUCUUCAGUUGUCGGACAGAUGGUGUCCAGUGAGAGCGCAUGGAUGGCGGUCCUUGGGAUUUGCGAGGCCGCCAUGUCAAAGAAGGAAACGGCGGAAAGGGAGCGAGAGUUCGACCCCUCCGCCCCACAAAUCAGGCGCCGGCGACAUAGGUGA